GUGUGUGUGGGUCGUGUAAGCUGUCUAUGACUGAAUACAUCCCUUAAACCCAGUGAAUCUGUUACAAUAUUGCUUCCAAAAAAAACAACAUAGAACAUGUUCGAUGUAACCUUUUGAAGAUUGCCUUUGUCCCGAAGUACAGUUAAUUUGUUUAGACAAUUCGAAUAAUCAAAAAGCGCUUCAUCGGUUUCCAGAGUAUCCCAAUAUUCACCACAUGAACCCACCAUUUUACGCCUUGCGUAAAACAGAUAUUCAGACAGAUUCCGAAAGAUGGAAUUUUUUUUCAGUGUUGCUCUUAUAGCAACUGGUGCACCGAACAACGAAGCACUUUACCAUAUUGCCCACCACUUAACAAAUGAAAAAAAUUUCAAAAAUUUUAGUAUUGCUUAAAAGAAUAUAUGUUUUAAAAAUAAAUUUAAGUCAGGGGAUCCACUAACAGCAGUAGACAAUAUUUCAAUUUCAAAGCAAGGGCAACUAAACAGUGGCGUUCCUAACGGAAUUAUGAUGAACCAAAAAUGAAAUUAGGUUACAUUUUGGUUCUCUCGCCGUUGUGUACCUCUCCAGUUCUCUCCUGUUUGACCAUGAUUUAACUAUACAGACAAGAAUAAUACCAUACAGCAUACACCCAUAAGACCACAGAUAUCGUGUAAAGAGAAGGAGGCGUUGCAGAAGAUAAUCAGAAUGAUUUGAAUUUCCUGUCUCUUAUUUGGCUGUUUUCGUACAAAAAUGAGGUAGCCUUGAUUUAUGGCCAACGACCAAUAUAUCUAUAGAAAAAAGUAUGGUAACACAGAUGGAAGAAGAAUGCCUAGAUGCAAUGUAAAGCGCACAGUGCUUUUCCUUCUUGUUGUUGGAUUCACCUGCUUUGUUAUACAUUCUUGUCGAUCAAGUGAUUGGCUAACACACGAUCCAUGGAAAUUAAAAGAGAAGGAAGUAAAACUAGUUGUCCCACUUAGACAAAUCCCAAAUAAUCAAUCAUUCCAUUUGAAGCCAGCCAUUAAGUUCUCCUAUCCAAAUAUUUUAACUUUAAAUCAGGGUAACCCUAGCCUUAUUCACCAAUUGCGCUUUCAGAAUUCUACUUUCAUUUGUAGAAACAGAGGGAUCUUGACGGUCAAAUCUGGAGGCCGACUGGGAAAUCUUAUGGGGGAAUAUGCAACUCUAUGGGCACUUGCAAAGAGAGAUGGCUUUUUCCCUGUCUUGCAACAUCGGACUUACAUCACACUGACUAAAUAUUUUCUUGGCACUUCAAUUCCCACUGUUACCAACUUAAAUUGUUCAUUAAAAUGGAAUUCAAUGAACCUUCAUGUAUACAAUAAGCUGCACAAGGAGGAACGUAACAAAAUUGCGGAAGAAGGGAUUUUCAUUGAUGGUUAUCCAACAUCUGUGUCUCUUUUUCACCGUCACCGAAAUGAUAUUAUAAAAGAAUUCCGCUUCAAAAAACACUACGUCGAGAGGGCACAAGCGGAAUUACAUCGGCUUCGGGAAAAUCGCCAAGAUGUUGUUUUCGUCGGUGUCCAUGUUCGCCGAACAGACUACAGCCAGUUCCUACAGGGUCGUUUCCAAGCGCAGCUGGUUGGAGAGACUUAUUUCACACGUGCCAUGAAUUAUUUUCGGAAGAAAUUUCCUUCAAGCUUGUUUGUAGUAGCCAGUGAUGAUAUGGACUGGUGCCGAAGCCACCUGAAGCCACAAAACAAUGAUAUUGUUUACGCGGGGAAUCGGAACAUUGAAAGUCCAGCGGAAGACAUGGCAUUGCUGGCAGCUUGCAACCACACUAUCAUAUCGUAUGGAAACUACGGAUUCUGGAGUGCGUAUCUAAGUGGCGGAGAAGUCAUACUAGCGGGCAAUAUAUCCAGAAUGCCGACUGAACUCCAACAUUCUAUCCGUUCCGCUAAUAUAUCUCACUGGCAAUUCUUUUCUGGAUUCUAGUUCCACGGGAAUCAUAACAAAUAGAUAUGAUUAUUGGCCUGUGCUCGUUUUUAAGACUGUUCUUUUCAUUAAUAUAUCUAUCGAGAUCACUGUUCAAUACUCGAAUGGCCUUUUAAAUCGGACAAAGCUGUAUUAAAUUCGUAUACACAGUUGAGAUUCGUAA